AUGUCAGCCGGCUGUCGAGCCCACUCACCAUAUUUGGCUGACACAAAAGUACCUAGCACCGAUGGUGUGGUCCUCAUCCUCCAAAUGAGUUUCUUUUGAAGCAUGUUAAGUACAUCUUGAGGGCGCCUAAUACCUAGGCCACCCUCAUCCGUAGGUCGACAUGCUUUCUCCCAAGAAACUCGGCGUUGACGACGAGGUCCCUCAAGUUGUCCAUCCCAAAGGAAGGACGUACAUAUCCGUCUAAUAGUCUGUAAGACGGUGUCUGGUACCUCAUGGACUGCCAAAAGGUGUAAUGGUAUGCUCAUGAGGACAUGGCGUAUCAACUGGAUCCGUCCUCCAGGGGAUAGAAGUUGUAACUUCCAUCCUGCUAGUUUCUUCCUUAACUUGCCCACUAGGGCGUCAAAAUAGUGUAUGCGCCUACGGCCGAGGAAGAUAGGACAUCCUAGAUAGUCAAAAGGUAAGUGUCCACGAGAGAACCCUGUUAGGCCCUGGAUGCGUCGUAUGGUCCCUAUGGGAGUAGAAGGGGCUACUAUGAAGCUACUCUUCGAGGCAUUUACGAGUUGACCUGCAGCUCGCUCAUACCUCGAGAUAAUACUCAUGAGCCCUCUAAUGGAUGUCUCACCUCCAUUGAGGAAGAGUAUCGCAUCAUCAGCAAAGAGGGAGUGUGAGAUGAUCGGGCAACCCCUCUUCGAGUAGUAUGGUCGGAUAAGUCCUUGAUUGAUCGCUCGGGUGAGGGAUCGACUGAGGACUUCUUCAACUAAGAUGAAGAGGGUGGGUGAUAGUGGAUCGCCCUGUCGUAGACCUCUCGUGGCCGUGAAGAAUGGUGUGGAGCUACCGUUCACUAAUAAAGAGAAAUGAUUCUCCCUAACACAUGCAUCGACUAAGUCAAUGAAGUCGUCGGUGAACCCAAAGCAUCUAAGAACCUUAAUGAGGAAACUCCACUCUAUCCUAUCAAAGGCCUUCUCCAUGUCUAAUUUGAUGAUGAUGUUAGAGCCUCGACAAUCAUGGCCAAGGGACUGUGCUAGUUCAUGUACUAGCAUGAUGUUAUCGUGAAUGUACCGUCCCUUGACAAAUCCGCAUUGUUCUGGAGAUAUAAGUCUAUCAAGGAAACUACUCAAUCUACGUGUAACGAUCUUAGAUACAACUUUAUAACACACGUUACACAAACUGAUAGGUCGAAAGUCUCUAAAUGAGGUUGGGGUAGUCACCUUCGGUAUAAGUGCAAGGAAGGUGGCCUUCCAACUUCGUGUAAAGAGUUUACGACGAAAGAUUUCCUUGAUGGCCUGGAUGAGAUCAGUGCCAACGAUAUCCCAACAUGAAAUGUAAAAAUCAGCUGGGAAACCAUCUGGCCCGGGUGCACGAUGUCUGCUCAUAGAGAAAACUACUUCCUUGAUCUCUUCUCCCGUGGGUAUGGCUGUUAUGAGAGAGUUCUCACGGUGAGUGACCAAUGACGGGAUCGAAGUGAGCAUAUCAUCAGAAAUCUCAAUCGGCUGAGAGGUUAAGAGAGUACGAAAGUACUCAACCCCUGCCUCCUGCAUGCGGGAAAGGUCAUGAUCAUAUGUCUCUAAAAGAGAGGUAUAAUCUGAACGUGAGCGAUGAGCGACCGAGGCAUGAAAGAAACGAGUGUUUCUAUCACCCUCUUGUAACCACUGGAUGCGUGAUUUCUGGAGAUAGAAUAACUCCUGUCGUCGCACAACCUCAUCAAGCUGGUCACUCACUCUACUCCUCCUUUCCCAAGCAGCAUCUGAAUAUCUAGCUUGCAGUAGUCUUUCAACUUCUGCUAACUCUUUUUGCAAUGCAUCAACUUGGGUAUGGACAUUCCCAUAGAUAUGUCGGUUCCACCAUUUAAGGUGGAGUUUGAGAUUCCUUAACCUAUAGCUAAGGUUCUCCAUAGGAGAAUCUGAGAUCUGUCCGUACCAGUGAUUCCGUACGAAACUCUGAAAGUUUUCAUGUUGGAGCCACAUGGUUUGAAAUCUGAAGGGGGGUCUGUGGGUGCUCAUACUCUGUUUAGGGAGUAUGAGGAUCGGGGUGUGAUCUGACCUAUAACGGGGUAAUAUCGUGACUAAUAUGGGAUGUCGCAUCAUGGCGAUGCUGUUGAUGAAACAACGAUCGAUACGCUCAUAAAUCAAAGCGUCCCCUCGAUUGUUGCUCCACGUCCAUGCCUCGCCUGAUGUAGGUGGCUCAAUAAGAGCUAAUCGAAAAAUACAAUCAUUGAACAUCUCCAUGUUACGGGCCCUAGGGAUUCGCCCACCUUGACGUUCACUAGUAUUACGGACACAGUUGAAGUCACCUGCUAGGUACCAAGGAGACUCAACUAGUGUAGGGUAGUCCCUCACGUAUUGAACUAGGUCCGCCCAAAGAGUUUCUCUUUCUUCGGAUCUAUGUGAUGCAUAGAUGACCGAGAAGGUGAACUCUUGGGUGAGAUCUCGAGCCGUCAUAGUGAUAUGCUGGGGUCCCUCGACUAGCAACUCCAUAGAGUAUGGUCUAGUCCAAAAGAUCCAAAUAUGAUUCGUGGGGUUGGAGUGAAAAUGAUCCAUACCUAACCUCCUAAGUAAGGGUUGGAUACGAUCUGAUGAUAUCAUAGGCUCAAUGAGGCCUACUAUACCUAGUCGAUACUGUCUGAUAAGGCUAGCUAUAUAGAAUUGGGUUUCGAGGUUGCCUAUACCUCGACAAUUCCAUAUGAUGCUAGGUAUCAUGAUCUAGUGAGUGGCCCCACGAGUCCUAGAUCUCGUGGAGUAAGGUGAGCGUCUAGUGAGUCGUGUGGUCCUAACCUCCGUCUGAUAUCCCUCCUCUGGGUAGGUAGUCUCAAUGUCAGUCUCAGAGCUACCAUCCUCAUGGGUACUAGUCGUGUGGCCCGUAGUAUCAUGAGCACUAGAUGAGGAGGAUGGGUGUGGUGCUUGACGAUUCGUUAAGCACUGUCCUCUAUCGGGGCUCUCCCUAGAAUCAGCGGGUGGUGGAUCAAGUAUAGGAAACUGAUCUGACGGUUGUAAUAGGGGAGAGGGGGGGAGGGUAUAAGAAUCAGAAUGGGGGGCUAUGUAAGAUGUACUAAUAGGAAGUAUGCUGGGGGUAGACCCUCCUAAUAGAUCAUCAACGGGGAUUUGAGGUGGAUGGAUAGGGCCCAAGCCUAUACCCUCAGAGAAAGGGGUAGACCUCGGUCGGUGGGGACUAAGAGGUGAAGGACUCCUUCUACGUGGGGACGAGUGAAUGGGCGGGGAGGAGCUGGGUGGUGGAGAGACACUAAUGGGUGGAGUGGGGUGGGUGAGUAUGGGGGGUCGGAUAACCCGGGGGGAUCUAGUAUGGGGGGUUGGACUAGGUGAGUCCCUCGUAGUGGAGGAUGCUAGCCCUUUGGAAGGCCUAGUUCCCCUUUGUGCAGGUCCCUCAAAGUCUCUCUCAUCUAAAGCCCCUAAGACCUCGAAGGUGUUUGAGGUUAGGGGUUGCUUUCCCUUGCUCAAAGGGGAAGGUGUAGCCUCUCGUGUUCCUUUCUUCCCCCCUGUGUAGGUGGAAGAAGGGCGUCCAGCUGCCGGCUUUCGCCGUGUAUGCUGUGUCUCAAUCAGUGAGCUAGGCUUCUCCUGUGCCUUCCGAGGUAAGGAAGGUGGAGCCGCCAUAGGGGCAAUCGACCUCUGAGGAUGACGAGCACUCUGAGCAUCCUUUCUCAUUUCGACGAGGUAAUCGUCAUAUGAGAUCGGUACUAGAAAGGCUCGUGUGGUCGUCUGUGGUGUACAUGCCUUCUGACGGCAUGUGCUGACAGUGUGGCCCAAGAUCGCACAGUGUGUGCAGAAAUACGGUAGUCUCUCAUAAAUGAUGGGCUGAUAAAGUUCAUCAUCUCCACUACGUAUAACGAGAGUCCUCUGGAGGGGAGCCAUUAGGUCCACCUCUAUACAAACUCGUGCAUAUCCGGGUCGGUUGAACAUUUUUACGCCUGGAUCAAGGCAUAUGAAUGUUCCCACCGCAUUUGCCAAAGACUCAAGUGCCUUUGGCGUAAAUAAAUGGGCAGGUAGGCCAGGGAAGCCCACCCAUAAUGGAACCACAUGAGACUGAUGUGCUUGGUGCCCUAUGUCAUUUUGUGGUGUCCAUCUGUGGGUAUGGAGGGUAGACUCCCCCAUUCUCCAAGUGGGUCGGCUCCAUGCUCGGCGAUAAUCCGCUUCUAGCUCAAAGCGGAUGUAUAUGCUACGAUAGUCUCGAGCUCCGAUGGAGACUCGGCCCUGAAAAUUUCCAGGUGCCAUGUAAAUCUUCUCUAUGUCACCUAUGGUUGGUCGUUUCGUAGUGAAACGACCAACUAAGGUAUAUUGGAAUGCGGCUGCCAUCUGGGAGACCUCCUCAUAAGUAAAAGCUAUUGUCCUCCUCCCAUCAUCAUCGCUAUAGCUUCGCACUGGGACAGUGGUAUCAUAGGUUGGGAAUAGUACAUGACGUAGCGGUUCCUGUGGUGUGACAGUCUCUGUGGAGGGGACAAAGGGGUUAGACACUCGUUGCGCCCAUGAUAGGUGUCUAGUGGGUAUAGUCGGGUUUGGCCUAUGGGGCACAGUAGAGUCUAGCCCACUAGGUGUAAUAGUGUGCCCAAUGGAUGCGUUUGGGGUCAAUAUAGGAGUCUCAACUAGUGUUGGGAUCCUAGUUGGUUCGAUUUGUUGACUCGAGGUAGGCUUAGAGGACGUAGCCGAGGGGGGACGUAAAAGUCGGCGUCCUAUCUUCUUUUUGGGCCGCAGGCUCUUGCCCCUUGCCUGGGCAAGAGAUUGGACCGGUGCAGCCUGAGCCGGCUGUUCAGGCUUGGCCUGGGUCACCUGGGCUUGGGCCUGGGCCAGGCCACUUGGGCCUGGGCCUGGGCCACCUGGGCCUGUGCCUGUACGUCCUGAGCCAGCGCAGCCUCGCUGGGCUGGGCCGGCAUGACCUGGGCUAAAGCGACCUCAGGUGGCGCUACGUCCACCGUGUCUGACGUUGAUGACGUCACCAGCGUCCCAGCCGAGGCAUCGGCGAUCGCAAAAAGUUGCGGCGCCUUUAUGGCCACGUGAUCCCCUCCGUUGAUAUCAAGAUCAACGGUUGGAUCUGGUUCGGCGUUAUGGCCGUGGCCGUCCGAGGGCGGUGCCUCGGUAACGGCUGUUGACGCCUUUAUAGCCGGCUGAUUCUGACCAUUGAUCAUACGAUCAAUGGUUGGAUCAGAGGGGGCCUCUUCGCCUGCCGUCGCCUCGUUCCCGAAGAGCGAGUGGACGGCGUCAACUGCUGUCCCCUCCGAUUCGGGUCUCGGGAAGACGCCAGCUGAUGGCGAAUCACGGACGUCCGUGGUUCGACCGUUCAGCUCCUCGGUUACGGCCGUCUCCUCGGUUACAUCAACCGGCGGAGAGAGAAGGCGAAGACAGGAGGCCGUUACUGCCACGUGUCGGCCUCCUGUUCGCUCGCAUUCGUCGGGCGAUUUUUCAUCUGGGCGACGGAGGUCACCCGAUGAAAUCUGUGAACUACUCAUCAUCUAAGCAUCAAAUAAAAAUGAUAUAGAAGAGAGAAUGGUAAACGAGGCAAAUACGAUUCUAUUGAACUAAAAAUAAUGAAAUUUCACCCAGUCAAUAGAAAGAUAUUACCUUUGGAGUGAAAACUCCGGUAGUUUACCUUCGCGAUGAGGAAAUUGCGAAACAAAGGCUUUAAUCCACCGUUUUCGAUGCGUAAAAGCUCGAAACCGAUAGCUGUCGGCCUUCCGAAUCGAAUGGAAAAGGUUUCAGCGCGAUCUGAGGUCACACGAAGGAGAUCUCACCAUUUGCGCUGAUCGUGAGGAGAGAGAAGCUCUCGCGAGGAGAGAGAAAAAAGUUGAGCAAAUGCGGUCGGUAAGAAGAGAAGUUGGGCCGAACUUCUCGGGAGGCGGUACUUCACAUGCCCAAGCACUUUGGUGCCUCUCAGGCACAUUCUUUAGAGAUAGAUGCCACACGCAAGGAGAUCUCACCAUGCGCUGAAGAGAGAGAGAGAAGCUCUCGCGAGGAGAGAGGCAGAAAGUUGAGCAAAUGGCGAUGGUGGAGGGGGUUUUUAGGGUUUAGGGUUUAGGGUUUAGGGUUUAGGGUUUUUUUUUUUUUUUUUUUUUUUUUUAAGAAAAAGAAAUUUGAUUGAGUGAUAAAAGUUUGACCUCAUUCCGAGGUUACAUAAGUGGGAUCUCAUUCGCACAAGGGGCGAGGAUGACAUGAAGAAUGAAAGACCUCUUUUGAAGAGGGGAUGUGAUGAUACUGGAGAUAGACUCCAAGGCGUUCAUCAUAUUUGAGGAAGGUGAUUGAUUUGCAUUGGGUUGAAAAAGCCUUUGAGUUCAUGAAAGUUGGAAGAUCUGCUCAACAGGAGUAGGACGAGAGCUCCAUGUUGUGCGCCAUGCAAUGUUCCUGCAAGACAAGAGUUUGCUGCAGUAAGUGGUUCUAAGAGAUAAAUAAAUUGAUAUAAAGUGGUGAGAAAAGAGUGAUUAGGGCAGUGAGGAGGAUAGAACUAUGCUGAAGCAUGACAAUAAGCCCAAAUAUGAACUUGCCUUGCUAGUGUUGCACGCGCCUAAUCCCUCUGGCCAAGAUCUUGUUAGUAUCAUCAGUUGCCGUACUUCCUCUAAGUAGGUAAGGGACCUUUCACCCCACGAGGAAUGACUUGGUCUCUGGUUCUAACUCUUUUCUUUUCUCUUAUUCUCUCUCUCUUCUUUCUCUCUCCUUGAGGGCCUCUUCUUUUACCCUCCACUAAUGCCCAUUAUUUGGUGUACAUUAGGCUAGUGAUUAAGGGAAGGGAAAAAGGUUGCCCUUUUUUUUUUUUUUUUUUUUUUGGUUUUAGGGCCCUUUCCCUCACCCUCCACUAAUUGUCUAUGAUGGGCUAGUGAUUCCGGGAAAAGAAGUAGGCUGUCUUUUUUUUUUUUUUUUUCCCUAGAGAGAGAAAGGGAGGGAGAAAGAAAUAGAGAAUCGAGAGAGAGAGAGAGGAGAGAGGGUCAAUCCUAUGGAUAUAGAUCUUUACCUUCUCAUGGGUUCAAGCUGGCUGAUGGUACUAAUAAGAUCUUGAGAGAGGUGCUAGGUUGCCGAUUCACAACUAGUUUAGCAGGUCUGAUGUGCUAUAGACCUAUAGUUCAAAAGUGGGCCGAUGCCAACAUAUGCUGAUAGUUCUAUGUCCUCACUACUUGAGCAUGAUAGAUAGUAGAUGUGAUGUGAUUAUGAGGAGAGUAAUGAUUGUGUAGAGUACGAUGUAUCUCCAUUGUGGUCUUCAGCGGCCAAUAGUAACCACCCCUGAUCUCCUCCAAGCAAUACGCCACUGUCGUGGAGAGGCCUGCGUGUUGUCGAGUCGCUCAAGUCUAUGAGCACCUCGGGCUUGGCAUGUCCUGCCAAAAAGAGAAGACUGUCCUCCGACACGAUCUGACUCCAUGCGUAGCAAGGGUGUCGGCUGUCUGAUUCCCUUCUCGGAACUGAUGCGUAAUGGUUGUGAUGCGUCCUCGACAUCGCAUGAUGUCUGCCCAGAUAUUCUUGAGCCUCCAAUGAGGACAAGAGUCUGCACGUAACAUGUCCACUAACACUUUGGAAUCAGAUUCUAAGACAAUAUUAGUAAUAUUUUGCUUCUCACAAAGAAGCAAACCAUCCCGUAUUGCCAUAGCCUCUGCCACAGUAUUAGUUUGUAUAUUAUAAAAGUUCGAAAAGGCAAAGAGAAUGCAUCCUGUACUAUCGCGUAAGAUACCGCCUCCUCCAGAUGAUCCUGGGUUGCCUUGAGAUGCUCCGUCGACGUUGAGUUUCCACUGUCCAGCCCUCGGUGGUGUCCAUCUAAUAGAUCGGACAGUAGUCCAGGUCUGUGUAGGUAUGAUAUGGAGUCCCCAAAGCCCAAAAGCCUCACAAACAGAACGCGAGCGUUUCGUUUUAUUUGGCACUAAGGAAUGAGUACUCCGAAGCCAUUGUGUUACGUGCCUCAUAAUCUCUGUGGCACGCAUCACUUGGCCUGCAUAUCGAGAUGAGUUACGUCCCUUUCAUAUUUCCCAUAACAUAUAUGCUAUGGAGAUACGGAUGAAAGGACAAACCUUGACACUCGUCGGUGAGUCAAAGACUCUCCUAAAGACCUCUAGUGGUGGUCUCGUAGGUCUGUACGAGAGCAUUGGAAGCCAAUUCGCUAGAAGUUGACGCCAACACUCGACAGCGAUAUCACUAUGGAAAAAUAAAUGUUCCAUACUUUCGUCUGUCGUGAUGGAGCAACAAUGACAUUUCCUUUCCACCUCUUGAUCGGUGACAAUCACUCGAUCGUCGGUGGGUAGUCCUCGGUGCAUGAACUUCCACAGGAAGAACGAAACACGAGGUGUGAUGGCCGGAUGCCAUAUGAGAUUUCCCCAAAAUGUCUUUGGGGAGCGGUUUCUAAAGUGCUCCCAAGAGGAGCUACAAGAGAAACUGCCAUCUAUGGUAAGUGUCCAGAUGGGUUGGUCCUCAGUAAAACUCAUCUCAAUCAUGGUGAUGGCUGGUAACAAGUCCGACGGUAGUCCAUGCCUCUCAAUAAGUAGACGAGUGUCUCCUUGGAGAAGCUGGGCUACCGUCAAGCGAGGCCAAGAAGAUGUGAAAGUGGUAAAACAGGCCAAUGGUGUGUCCUCUAGCCAAGUGUCGUACCAGGCACUGAUCUCGCCUCGCCCCACUCGCCAACGAAUAAGAGGCACCAUCUCCAACCAAUGUCGCUGCCAGUCUACCCAUCAUUUGACUCCUUUGAUGUCAGCCGGCUGUCGAGCCCACUCACCAUAUUUGGCUGACACAAAAGUACCUAGCACCGAUGGUGUGGUCCUCAUCCUCCAAAUGAGUUUCUUUUGAAGCAUGUUAAGUACAUCUUGAGGGCGCCUAAUACCUAGGCCACCCUCAUCCGUAGGUCGACAUGCUUUCUCCCAAGAAACUCGGCGUUGACGACGAGGUCCCUCAAGUUGUCCAUCCCAAAGGAAGGACGUACAUAUCCGUCUAAUAGACUGUAAGACGGUGUCUGGUACCUCAUGGACUGCCAAAAGGUAAUGGUAUGCUCAUGAGGACAUGGCGUAUCAACUGGAUCCGUCCUCCAGGGGAUAGAAGUUGUAACUUCCAUCCUGCUAGUUUCUUCCUUAACUUGCCCACUAGGGCGUCAAAAUAGUGUAUGCGCCUACGGCCGAGGAAGAUAGGACAUCCUAGAUAGUCAAAAGGUAAGUGUCCACGAGAGAACCCUGUUAGGCCCUGGAUGCGUCGUAUGGUCCCUAUGGGAGUAGAAGGGGCUACUAUGAAACUACUCUUCGAGGCAUUUACGAGUUGACCUGCAGCUCGCUCAUACCUCGAGAUAAUACUCAUGAGCCCUCUAAUGGAUGUCUCACCUCCAUUGAGGAAGAGUAUCGCAUCAUCAGCAAAGAGGGAGUGUGAGAUGAUCGGGCAACCCCUCUUCGAGUAGUAUGGUCGGAUAAGUCCUUGAUUGAUCGCUCGGGUGAGGGAUCGACUGAGGACUUCUUCAACUAAGAUGAAGAGGGUGGGUGAUAGUGGAUCGCCCUGUCGUAGACCUCUCGUGGCCGUGAAGAAUGGUGUGGAGCUACCGUUCACUAAUAAAGAGAAAUGAUUCUCCCUAACACAUGCAUCGACUAAGUCAAUGAAGUCGUCGGUGAACCCAAAGCAUCUAAGAACCUUAAUGAGGAAACUCCACUCUAUCCUAUCAAAGGCCUUCUCCAUGUCUAAUUUGAUGAUGAUGUUAGAGCCUCGACAAUCAUGGCCAAGGGACUGUGCUAGUUCAUGUACUAGCAUGAUGUUAUCGUGAAUGUACCGUCCCUUGACAAAUCCACAUUGUUCUGGAGAUAUAAGUCUAUCAAAGAAACUACUCAAUCUACGUGUAACGAUCUUAGAUACAACUUUAUAACACACGUUACACAAACUGAUAGGUCGAAAGUCUCUAAAUGAGGUUGGGGUAGUCACCUUUGGUAUAAGUGCAAGGAAGGUGGCCUUCCAACUUCGUGUAAAGACUUUACGACGAAAGAUUUCCUUGAUGGCCUGGAUGAGAUCAGUGCCAACGAUAUCCCAACAUGAAAUGUAAAAAUCAGCUGAGAAACCAUUUGGCCCGGGUGCACGAUGUCUGCUCAUAGAGAAAACUACUUCCUUGAUCUCUUCUCCCGUGGGUAUGGCUGUUAUGAGAGAGUUCUCACGGUGAGUGACCAAUGAUGGGAUCGAAGUGAGCAUAUCAUCAGAAAUCUCAAUCGGCUGAGAGGUUAAGAGAGUACGAAAGUACUCAACCCCUGCCUCCUGCAUGCGAGAAAGGUCAUGAUCAUAUGUCUCUAAAAGAGAGGUAUAAUCUGAACGUGAGCGAUGAGCGACCGAGACAUGAAAGAAACGAGUGUUUCUAUCACCCUCUUGUAACCACUGGAUGCGUGAUUUCUGGAGAUAGAAUAACUCCUGUCGUCGCACAACCUCAUCAAGCUGGUCACUCACUCUACUCCUCCUUUCCCAAGCAGCAUCUGAAUAUCUAGCUUGCAGUAGUCUUUCAACUUCUGCUAACUCUUUUUGCAAUGCAUCAACUUGGGUAUGGACAUUCCCAUAGAUAUGUCGGUUCCACCAUUUAAGGUGGAGUUUGAGAUUCCUUAACCUAUAGCUAAGGUUCUCCAUAGGAGAAUCUGAGAUCUGUCCGUACCAGUGAUUCCGUACGAAACUCUGAAAGUUUUCAUGUUGGAGCCACAUGGUUUGAAAUCUGAAGGGGGGUCUGUGGGUGCUCAUACUCUGUUUAGGGAGUAUAAGGAUCGGGGUGUGAUCUGACCUAUAACGGGGUAAUAUCGUGACUAAUAUGGGAUGUCGCAUCAUGGCGAUGCUGUUGAUGAAACAACGAUCGAUACGCUCAUAAAUCAAAGCGUCCCCUCGAUUGUUGCUCCACGUCCAUGCCUUGCCUGAUGUAGGUGGCUCAAUAAGAGCUAAUCGAAAAAUACAAUCAUUGAACAUCUCCAUAUUACGGGCCCUAGGGAUUCGCCCACCUUGACGUUCACUAGUAUUACGGACACAGUUGAAGUCACCUGCUAGGUACCAAGGAGACUCAACUAGUGUAGGGUAGUCCCUCACGUAUUGAACUAGGUCCGCCCAAAGAGUUUCUCUUUCUUCGGAUCUAUGUGAUGCAUAGAUGACCGAGAAGGUGAACUCUUGGGUGAGAUCUCGAGCCGUCAUAGUGAUAUGCUGGGGUCCCUCGACUAGCAACUCCAUAGAGUAUGGUCUAGUCCAAAAGAUCCAAAUAUGAUUCGUGGGGUUGGAGUGAAAAUGAUCCAUACCUAACCUCCUAAGUAAGGGUUGGAUACGAUCUGAUGAUAUCAUAGGCUCAAUGAGGCCUACUAUACCUAGUCGAUACUGUCUGAUAAGGCUAGCUAUAUAGAAUUGGGUUUCGAGGUUACCUAUACCUCGACAAUUCCAUAUGAUGCUAGGUAUCAUGAUCUAGUGAGUGGCCCCACGAGUCCUAGAUCUCGUGGAGUAAGGUGAGCGUCUAGUGAGUCGUGUGGUCCUAACCUCCGUCUGAUAUCCCUCCUCUGGGUAGGUAGUCUCAAUGUCAGUCUCAGAGCUACCAUCCUCAUGGGUACUAGUCGUGUGGCCCGUAGUAUCAUGAGCACUAGAUGAGGAGGAUGGGUGUGGUGCUUGACGAUUCGUUAAGCACUGUCCUCUAUCGGGGCUCUCCCUAGAAUCAGCGGGUGGUGGAUCAAGUAUAGGAAACUGAUCUGACGGUUGUAAUAGGGGAGAGGGGGGGAGGGUAUAAGAAUCAGAAUGGGGGGCUAUGUAAGAUGUACUAAUAGGAAGUAUGCUGGGGGUAGACCCUCCUAAUAGAUCAUCAACGGGGAUUUGAGGCGGAUGGAUAGGGCCCAAGCCUAUACCCUCAGAGAAAGGGGUAGACCUCGGUCGGUGGGGACUAAGAGGUGAAGGACUCCUUCUACGUGGGGACGAGUGAAUGGGCGGGGAGGAGCUGGGUGGUGGAGAGACACUAAUGGGUGGAGUGGGGUGGGUGAGUAUGGGGGGUCGGAUAACCCGGGGGGAUCUAGUAUGGGGGGUUGGACUAGGUGAGUCCCUCGUAGUGGAGGAUGCUAGCCCUUUGGAAGGCCUAGUUCCCCUUUGUGCAGGUCCCUCAAAGUCUCUCUCAUCUAAAGCCCCUAAGACCUCGAAGGUGUUUGAGGUUAGGGGUUGCUUUCCCUUGCUCAAAGGGGAAGGUGUAGCCUCUCGUGUUCCUUUCUUCCCCCCUGUGUAGGUGGAAGAAGGGCGUCCAGCUGCCGGCUUUCGCCGUGUAUGCUGUGUCUCAAUCAGUGAGCUAGGCUUCUCCUGUGCCUUCCGAGGUAAGGAAGGUGGAGCCGCCAUAGGGGCAAUCGACCUCUGAGGAUGACGAGCACUCUGAGCAUCCUUUCUCAUUUCGACGAGGUAAUCGUCAUAUGAGAUCGGUACUAGAAAGGCUCGUGUGGUCGUCUGUGGUGUACAUGCCUUCUGACGGCAUGUGCUGACAGUGUGGCCCAAGAUCGCACAGUGUGUGCAGAAAUACGGUAGUCUCUCAUAAAUGAUGGGCUGAUAAAGUUCAUCAUCUCCACUACGUAUAACGAGAGUCCUCUGGAGGGGAGCCAUUAGGUCCACCUCUAUACAAACUCGUGCAUAUCCGGGUCGGUUGAACAUUUUUACGCCUGGAUCAAGGCAUAUGAAUGUUCCCACCGCAUUUGCCAAAGACUCAAGUGCCUUUGGCGUAAAUAAAUGGGCAGGUAGGCCAGGGAAGCCCACCCAUAAUGGAACCACAUGAGACUGAUGUGCUUGGUGCCCUAUGUCAUUUUGUGGUGUCCAUCUGUGGGUAUGGAGGGUAGACUCCCCCAUUCUCCAAGUGGGUCGGCUCCAUGCUCGGCGAUAAUCCGCUUCUAGCUCAAAGCGGAUGUAUAUGCUACGAUAAUCUCGAGCUCCGAUGGAGACUCGGCCCUGAAAAUUUCCAGGUGCCAUGUAAAUCUUCUCUAUGUCACCUAUGGUUGGUCGUUUCGUAGUGAAACGACCAACUAAGGUAUAUUGGAAUGCAGCUGCCAUCUGGGAGACCUCCUCAUAAGUAA